AUGGAAUUAACAUGGCAGGCUAAUACUCCACAAUGGCGGAGCAGGACGAGGGCUGCUCGGGCCUGUCCUGACUGCCAGCGACGAAAGAAACGAUGUCGACAUAUUGCUCCUAAUUCUGUUUUGGACGAGAGCCAAAUUGAGCCAACCCACAAAUCAAGGAAACUUGCUCUGAAUCAAAAUGACAGGGAUUGCGUUGAAAAUCAGCAUUUGUCAACGCAAGGCCCUGCGGCCCGGGAUGCAGAUUCAUCAGCGAUGGCAUUACCAUCGAUUCCAGGCACAGACCGGUUCGUAGGAGAUUUGAAUCCAGAAGCCUUCAUCCGCGAAAAGCUAGAUGAACCGACUGGUCGUCGCUUACGGGAUCGGGUUGGGCUCUGGAUUAGCUCGUCGCCUUCGCAAGAUCGUACUCAGCAUGGCUUGGACCACCAACGCCACCUUGUUGGCAGUAAUUCUUUGUCCAUAUCAUCACCGCCGCCACCAAAGAGCCAAGAAGCAAUCGAAACAUUAUUAAAUCGAAGAUACGCAUCAGCGAUGCAAUCUUGUGGUCGACUGCCUAAAUCAGCACGAGAUGCUCUCGCGGCCAUUUAUUUCUCUAAAAUCAACCGCAUCAUUCCUCUCGUGGAGAUUAAUUCCUACGUCAAACAUGAAUUUGAAGGCUCUGUGUCCAUAUUUCUUGAGAGGGCCAUUUGUCUUGUCGCCGCUAAAGAUACUGAUGCUUCUUCUUACCUCCGUUUGGAGGAGGAAGGACCAAUUGUAUCAUCACGUCGAUUUUGUACUAACAUAUAUAAUGGGCUCACUGUCGCCAUGGAUGCUGGAUUGGAGCCUGAUAGGUUGACUCGCAUCCGUAUUUUAUCACUAAUGGCUUUGCAUUGCGAAGGGCACGAGGGGGCAGAGGCUGCAUCCCUGCAUCUAUGUGUGGCCAUACACCAGGCCCAAACCGUUGGUCUGCAUCUUGACCGACCUGCUGGCACGGAAGCUCUUCAAACCAACCCUUUUUGGGCACUGUGGACACUAGAUAAAAUGCAUGCAAGUAUUGGAGGCCGGCCCGUUCUAAUAGCUGAUCGGGAUGUUGGACUUCAAAAGCCAAGCUCCCACACCUCAGGGGCGUUCGGCGUGUGGCUGGCAAUCUCAGACUUGCUUGCAACCGUCAUAUCUUACUAUCGACCCUCUGCCGCUACCACCAGUGGAUGGGAGGAGAAGUUCCCUGCAUUUGAAGACAUUAUAGGAGAUGAUAUUCAAGGAGAAUUGGAUCUCCCGACUUUAGGAAUUCUGGAGCUAUACUAUCAUUGCGUAGCUAUCUUGUCCUGUCGUCAUAAACUCACAGAGACCCUCGAUAGUACCAAGGCCUCUACAAUUCGGCAAGGCCUUGCAGCAAUUCGAAUCCACUCCAUUGUUGCAUCAGAAUGUGCAGGGAAAUUGCCACCGCUACCCAUAGUUCCCUACGCUAUCGCUUUGUCUAUGGGUGUCUCCUACCGACAGCUUCGCUCAAGCAAACUAAUCACACACUUCAACCGGGCGAAGGCUAGCUUAGAAGCAUGCUGCUCUUUGCUAGAAGAGCUCAGUCCUCAGUGGUAUUCGGCUGAAGCAAUGGCACGUUUAGGCCAGAGAGCGUUGCAGCAUGUCAACUAUGACCAUUCGCGACACGCCCAAGCCAAGUCACUCUCAGUUGCGCAGCCUGCCCCUCCGCCUCCACCUCCACCUCUCGACGAAAGUCCAAUCGAUUCAGAGCCUCUUCGGUCGUCCGACGAUACCGAGCUAGCAUCAAAUCAGAUCAGAUCAACCAUGCCUGUCGACGUAUCUAAUGCCAACAUUUCGAUAAACGAUUCUCUGCCAUCCAUGGACGAUCUGGGUACUACAACGGAUGGGUUUGCCGAUAUCGAUACUCUUUUCGGGGAAUUCUUGGAUUUGUCUCUCCCAACAAACUUCUGGGAUCCCAUUUUUGCAGAAGCUGAGCCAAAAUUGGAUGGCGAAUUUUAG